UCCAAUGAUGCAAAAGUCAUCCCAGCGUGAAGACGCGAAGUGUUUCUUCCACCUAAAGGGUCUUUUCUGGAAAUGCUGCAAUAUGUAGCUACUGACUUCCGACUUGAAGCAUUCAGGACGUCUCCUCUUUUCUUUCCCAGACAAUGAAGACAACUCGCAAAUGCAGGACUCUUCUGUCGGUAGGCUUGAACUUCUUCGCCUUGUUCUUCUCCAUCACGGCUUUCAUCACCACCUACUGGUGUGUGGGUACGCAGAGGGUGCCCAAGCCCAAGUGCAGCAAGCUGCGGACCCACCAGUGCAUCGAUUACGGCGUCAACGAGACCGACCCCAACAAGGUGGUCUACAGCUGGGAGACCGGGGACGACCGAUUCCUGUUCCGACAGUUCCACACCGGCAUCUGGGUCUCUUGUGAGGAGAACAUCCACGAUGAAAGUGAGAUGUGCAGAAGCUUCAUUGACUUGGCUCCUGCGUCAGAGAAAGGGAUGCUGUGGCUGUCGCUGGUGUCUGAGAUGCUGUACAUCGUUCUCCUGGUGGUUGGCUUCAGCCUCAUGUGUUUGGAGCUCGUCCACUCAAGCAACGUCAUCGACGGGCUCAAGCUCAACGCCUUCGCCGCGGUCUUCACCGUGCUCUCAGGUCUCCUGGGCAUGGUGGCUCAUGUGAUGUACACACAGGUCUUCCAGGUCACUGUCAGUCUGGGGCCCCCUGACUGGAGGCCCUAUAACUGGGACUAUGGCUGGUCCUUCUGCAUGGCCUGGGCGUCCUUCACCUGCUGCAUGGGUGCGUCGGUCACCACGCUCAACUCCUACACCAAGACCGUCAUCGAGUUCCGGCACAAACGCAAGACCUUCGAGCAGAGCAUCCGCGAGGAGCACGCCCGGGAGGCGUUUGAAUAUUUCCGGGAUCCCUCCGUGCACUCCAUCUCCAAGUCUGUGGAGGUUUAUUCCAGCCAGACCCCUAAGAGCGGCAGGAGGACGCCCAUCCCGGCAGACUCCUUAGACCUGACUGACAUUCGAGCCUCUCUGGGGGAAGAACAAUGCUGAGAGAAACCAGGGUCCUCGUCUACUUCCUGGGUGAAGAUGUUAACUCCAUGAUGAAUUCUGCCUUAAUCGAAUCCGUGAGUUGUUGGCAGUUGUGGUUUUAAACGUAGGGCGCAUUCUCUUGGGGCGCCACAAGGAUGGGGGGGAAACAGAUACAUUUUUCUUACUUGGGUUGCCAACCAUCCCUUGAAAAAUGUAAUUGUCCUGUCUAGGGCUGUACGGUAUACCAGUAUUGGUAUAGUACUGCGAUACUAAUGAAUUAUAUUCAUUAUUACCGUUCGUCGUCGUCACGUCGGGAUAUUAUUGGUUUUACCAGCAGUGGAGCAUGUUCGGCAGCGCACAAUCACAGAGUACUUACAAGCAGACACAGUGCGGGGACAGAACAAGGAGAACGGACGCAUUUUGGCUUAAAAACUAACGAUAAAGGUGAAGUCAUAACACUGCAACACCCUCAGGAAGAGGUGCUUAAGAUGUUUCUAGCCAGCGGCUAAUGUCCAGCCUUUGUUUUAGCUACUUCUAAAUCACUAAUCCUCGCCUCCAUGGCAACAGACAAAGUGAGUUUCUUACAAGUAUCAACCCUGCAGGACGAGGAAUAGCUAAACAUGCUUCACUACACACCGUAAAUGUAAACAAACGCCAUUGGUGAAUCUACACCAGACAUCCAUUGUAAUGAUACCAAGUACCGGAGAGUAGCUAGUCGAUACUACUAUGAUUACAUCAAUAUUUUUUAGCAUCACAAAAUCUUUUUUCGUUUAAAAAAGUAAUGUAUAUUAUGUUUAUAAACUCAGGAAAUAUGUCCCUGGAUACAUGACGACUUUGAAUAUCACCAAUGUAUGAUCCUGUAAUGACUUGGUAUCGGACUGAUACCUAAAGUUGUGGUAUCAUCCAAAACUAAUGUAAAGUAUCAAACAGAAGAAGUGAUUAUCACAUUUUAACAGAAGUGUAGAUAGAACAUGUUGAAAGGGAAAGUAAGCAGAUAUUAACAGUAAAUGAACAAGUAGAUUAAAAAUUCACUUUCUACCACUUGUCCUUAAUAAUGUUGACAAAAUAAUAAAAUGGAAAAUGACACAAUAUGUUACUGCAUAUGUCAGCAGACUAAAUUAGGAGCCUUUGUUUACUUACUUAGAGUGGAGCAAAACAGUAUUUUGUCAGCCACCGAUUGUGCAGAGGUCUGUAAUUUUCAUCAUAGGAACACUUCAACUGUGAGAGACAGAAUGUGAAAAAAAAAAAAAUCCAGAAAUUCACAUUGUUGGAAUUUUAAAGUACUUUCAUGUAAAUUAUGGUGGAAAGUAAGUAUUUGGUCAACCAUUGAAAGCUCUCACUGAUGGAAGGAGGUUUUGGCUCAAAAUCUCACGAUACAUGGCCCCAUUCAUUCUUUCCUUAACACGGAUCAAUCGUCCUGUCCCCUUAGCAGAAAAACAGCCCCAAAGCAUGAUGUUUCCACCCCCAUGCUUCACAGUAGGUGUGGUGUUCUUGGGAUGCAACUCAGUAUUCUUCUUCCUCCAAACACGACGAGUUGAGUUUUAUACCAAAAAGUUUUAUUUGAAGCAUUUAAGUCUCACUUUAAAACUCAUUUGUUUACUCUAGCCUUUAAAUAGACUCCCUUUUUAGACCAGUUGAUCUGCCGUUUCUUUUCUUUUUCUCCUCUGUCCCAAUGGAGGGGGUCCGGUCCGGUGGCCAUGGAUGAGGUGCUGGCUGUCCUGAGUCGGGAACCAGGAUGGACAGAUCGUCCAGAGCCGGGACCCAGAAUGGACCGCUCCUGUGUAUCAGCUGGGGACAUCUCUGCGCUGCUGAUCCGCCUCCGCUUGGGGUGGUUUCCUGCUGGCUCCACUGUGGACGGGACUCUCUCUGCUGUGUUGGAUCCACUUUGGACUGGACUCUCACGGUUGUGUUGGAUCCACUAUGGAUUGAACUUUAACAGUAUCAUGUUAGACCCACUCGACAUCCAUUGCUUUCGGUCCCCCUAGAGAGGGGGGUUGUCCAAAUAUGUGGGCCUCUCCAAGGUUCUCAUAGUCAUCAUUGACACCGACAUCCCACUGGGUGUGAGUUUUCCUUGCCGUUAUGUGGGCUCUACCAAGGAUGUCGUAGUGGUUUGUGGUGUGGUUUGUGCAGCCCUUUGAGACACCAGUGAUUCAGGGCUAUAUAAGUAAUCAUUGAUUGAUUGAUUGAUUUUGGUUUCAUCUGACCACAUGACAUUCUCCCAAUCCUCUGCUGUAUCAUCCAUGUAUACA